UAUCGGCUGGAUUUUUCAAAAGUUAAAAGAUUCACAUUUUUACAAGAGACACUUCAAAGUUUGUUUCAGUCUUUCUCAGAGGAUCUCAGCUUUUGUCGUCUGAUUUUUACAUCACAUUUCUAGUGGGCGCUUGAAAGGUCACGUGUUUCAACUUCUACACAUAACACAUCAGCAUUGUGUUUGCUAGAUUUUUCGUCGACAGUUGAACAACAAUUUAUGCUUGAAAUUUGCCUUGAGAAAGGAUCAUCUAAACUUUGAAUUUCACGUUGAAAAAAACGAAAAGAAUAUAAAAAAAAGAGACAAAACAACGACAACAACAAAGCAAUAUAAAACAAAAGCAACAACAAACAAAAGAAAAAAUAUAUACGUUUGUUAGAAAUUCUUAUAUUUUAAUUUUCAAAAUAACCUCAUCAUGAAGGUUUUCUCAGAAUUUUGUAUUCGCUCAUCACAUAUCUGUAUCAUCAUAGCCGCUGGAGUGUUUGUGGUAAAUGUUGAUUCUCAAAGAUGCGGAUUGGGUCCAAUGGCCUAUAAGAGAGUUUUCAAAGACAAGACCGUCCUGGAAGAUGCACUGAUUACCAAAACGGGAAUCACCACUCGCGUCGGUUGUAUCGAAGUUUGUGGGAAAAGCCUGCCCGAUGUCUGCACUGCAUUCGUCUUCAACCAACAACAACAGCAGUGCAAGAUUUACAAAAACAGUCUAAACACUCUGACACAAGUCACCGAAACGGGAUCCGUGGGAUUCACGGUAUUUGAAGAAACCACAUGUCCUGCACCACCGUCCCUGCCCAAUGGCAAAGUGACCUACACUUCAGUUGUAAUAGGAAGCACUGCCACCUACAGCUGUAAUGCAGACUACCACUUUUUUGGACUCGGCCAGUCGAGUGUUUGUGAGACGACUCGAGCGUGGAAUGGUCUUAACGGUUCUUGUAGACAAGUGUUUUUCUACAACAUUGCAAAUCCUAGCGAUACACUUUACGACAUACCUGUUCCUGGAUUAGUUACCGCAGGAUGGAAGGUAGAGGCGAUAGGAACGCCACUUGAUUCACCAAGGUUCUCCUUCAACCUAUUUCACGACGAUAUCAACAUUGUAACCUUACAUUUUGAUGUGCAUUUCAAAACUUCUGGUAACAUUGUGUAUGUCACCUCCAGAACUGAUGGAUCUUGGGACCAAAGUGACACUUACCAGACAUCAUUUCCAUUCGCUCCAGGUCGACAAUUUAACCUGACUAUCCUAGAGACGGGUAAUGGAUUUGAAAUAACCGUGGAUGGCCAGUGGCAUGCAACACGGAAACACAGCGUUAACGCACAAGUGACCAACCUCAUCAACCUGACUGGGGACUGCGGUUAUCAGUCAGUUAAAAUGUUUUACUGAUUGACAGAGAGAGGAGGUCCGCAGACAGACAGACAGAUACAGAAGAACAGAGGCAGAGGGAAGGGAGUGGGGGCAGAUAGAAGGAAAGAGAGAAGUAUUAUUUACACAUACACAAAGAACAUACACAUACACAUACAUAUACACAUACACACACACACACACACACACAUAUAUAUAUAUAUAUAUAUAUAUAUAGAGAGAGAGAGAGAGAGAGAGAGAGAGAGAGA